UAGAAUGGAUGUGGAUAGGAGGGUUCAAGCAUACUGUGGGCAGACCCUGACCCUCCCUUGAUCCCAGCGGUGGGUGCUGAUGAGCACUUCUCCCUCGCAAUGACUAUGCGAACCGCUGCAAUCACAAAUGGAAGAAUCAAGCUGGACACAGACAUUCGGGACCAAAGCAAAAGAGAAAUUCUUACUAGCGUAAAAAGGGAUAAUUCUGACUUUUGUGUCAGAGUUCCCAGCAUCCUGAGCAACAUUCACAACAGCCCUGGAAAGCAUUUUCACAACAAAGCAAAAACCUGCUCAAGCAGCCGGAACAUAGUGGAGAGAUCUGGCUUCUCUCCAGCUCUGAGGAAGGGACAGGAAGAGAAUUGGGUGACCCUGGGGGCUCUUACAGUUCCACUGGCCAAGCAGAUGGGUGCCGAAGGUUCCCCAGUCAAAAGCAAGUCACUGUUCGGACAUACCUGUCACAACAACUUGGGCAAGAUGGAUCCAGUGGCGUCUAAUGGAAGUAAGCAGCCUAGGAACGCUGGGCUAGGGACUGGAACGUCCAUGGCAGGGGUGUCCUUACCUGAACACGGUCUUGAUGGAAGUGUAGUGAAGGGCACUGGCCAUGCUGCCAGCCAGACUAGUUGUAUAAGACAGAUUCUGCUGCUGCAGCUAGAACUGAUAGAACAGCAGCAGCAACAACUGGAUAACAAGAACAAGGAGAUAGAUGACCUCAAAGCUGAGAAGGAGAUGUUGGUGGCUCGAAUCGAGCGCAUGGAACGGCGGUUACAAACAAUAAAGAAAGGCGACGCAGAGGUCCGACCCACUCCACGGCGAAAAAAUUCUGUGGAGCCUGUCUCAUCAGAAAGCACUGGGCAGUCUGAGGAACAAAGUCAGACCCCACAACAAACACAUUUCGGAAGGGGUGGCAAGAACCUAAAAAGAAGAUUUCUUUUUCAAGAUUCCCCCGUGGUGAAGUCCAGGCGUGGAGCUCCCAAAACGUCCCCACCAAAAGAAAACCAAGCUGUAAAGGAGGAGUUUCAGGAAAAGCGGGAACCUGAGGUCCGGUCACACAGUUUUUCCGUUGUCGAAUCAGAGGAACUGCCUUACAUGGGUACAACAGAGAUGUAUCUCUGCUGCUGGCACCAGCCGCCUUCUUCACCAUGGCAAACUCCAUCUCCAGUAGAGCAGGACGUGGUCACUGUUCCUUCCUGGCGAGAGAGCAGUGUGGAACCACUGAAAGACAAAAAACCUACAGACAUCCUUGAAUGUCUGGAUGAUGCUGUGUUCAUGAAGAGACACUCAAAACUGGAGCUGGAUGAAAAAAGACGUAAAAGAUGGGAUAUUCAGCGCAUACGGGAGCAGCGGAUGUUUCAGCGCCUUCAGCAGAGGAUGUACAAGCGGAAUUUGAUUCAGGAGAGUGAGCGUGAGCUGUUGUCCUUUUACCCAGAAGCAGAGGAUGUGGAAUCGAUAAUGAUCACACCCUUCCUGCCAGUGGUGGCGUUUGGCAGGCCUCUUCCUAACCUUAAACAACAGAACUUUGAAGUACCAUGGCUGGAGGAACGCAGCCAGAGCCGCCGAGAGGUGUCUAAAAAGAAAACACCCCAUCGAACCUGCCGGAAGUGACUCAAAAGCAGUCUGGAAGAAGGAAGCGCCUGCAUCUCCUUACAAAAAGGCUUAGGUUUAAACGCAACUGUCCUAUGCUGUAUGUGUGCUGUAUGUUUUUGGCAUUAUCACACAUCCAACAUACACUGAUUAGCCGUUUCUACACUCACUGUCCAUUUUAUUAGCUCCACCUUCCAUAUAGAAACACUUUGUAGUGCUACAAUUACUGACUGUAGUCUGUCUAUUUCUGGUCAGGACCACCACAGAGCAGGUAUUAUUUAGGUGGUGGAUCAUUCUCAGCACUGCAGUGACACUGACAUGGUGGUGGUGUGUUAGUGUGUGUUGUGCUGGUGUCAGUGGAUAAGACACAGCAAUGCUGAUGGAGUUUUAAAACACCUCACUGUCACUGCUGGACUGAGAAUAGUCCACUAACCAAAAAUAUCCAGCCAACAGCGCCCCAUGGGCAGCGUCCUGUGACCACUGAUGAAAGUGACCAACUCAAACAUCGCAGCAAUAGAUGAGAUCGUCUCUGAUUUUACAUGUACAAGGUGGACCAACUAGGUAGGAGUGUCUAAUAGAGUGGACAGUGAGUGGACACGGUAUUUAAAAACUCCAACAGCGCUGCUGUCUGAUCAACUCAUACCAGCACAACACACACCACCAUCAUGUCAGUGUCACUGCAGUGCUGAGAAUAAUCCACCACCUGAAUAAUACCUGCUCCGUGGUGGUCCUGUGGGGGUCCUGACCAUUGAAGAACAGGGUGAAAGUAUGUAGAGAAACAGAUGGACUACAGUCAGUAAUUGUAGAACUACAAAGUGCUUCUAUAUGGUAAAUGGAGCUGAUAAAAUGGACAGUGAGUGUAGAAACGAGGUGGUUUUAAUGUUAUGGCUGAUCAGUGUAUAUUAUGUAGGAUACCAUGAUUGCACUUUUACUCCGUAAGUGGACCCUGCUGGGUAUAUUGUAUGCUGGUCUAGUUGUCCUAAGUUCAGCGUUUUUGUUUGCACUGCAAAAGUUGAAUUUCUAUUUUCUUAAUGCUUUUGCUUCAUCCAAUGCGAGAGCAGUUAUGGACCAAAAUCCUGUUUUGUUCAUUUGUGGUUUAAUAGAGAGACUGUAACAUUUUUUAUUUCUGCUUGUUUUGAAGAGGUUAUGUUAAUCUAAAAAAGUCUUGUAACAUAGUGUUGUUCGUUCAAAGAAUAAAUGUUCAUUAUUCUAAAUGCACCUUAAAGAAUUAUUUCACAUAUUAAAAGUUUAAAUGGA